UCUCUCUCUUCAGAUCUCACCGGAAUCAUUCCGUCUUCAUCAUCGUCGAACCUUUCAGAGAUCUCUGUUCCCGAUUUCUCCCUAGAUCUCAUUGUCACCCGUAAGGAAGAAGAGAUCUGGCUGUGAAGGUCAUUUUGAGGUUUUUUAAUGGGAUGUUUCUUCCAAUUUUUUUGUAUCGAUUUGAAGUCGAUUUCGAAAUUCAUUGAUUAGAUUCGAUUAUGGCACAACAUCAUGAGAUAAAAUUAGGUCCGUUUGGACUAACUAACAAUGGAACACCACGAAGAAGAAGAAGUGGAGGAGGAAGAAGAAGAAGAAGAAGAAGCAAACGGAAAUUCAAAUACAGCGUCGACGACAACGGCGGAGAAGAAUUACACUGAUGAAAUUAGAUCCUUCAUUGAUGAUUUUAUCAAUUUUGUUUGAUAAAAUCGAAGGUGGUAGUGUUCUUACUAAUGGAGGAGGGGAUUAUGUGCGGGAGAUGAUUUUUUUGGCAUUCAUUGAAGAAGAAGAAGAUGUAUAAACAGGUUGGAUAUAUUCUGAUCAGAAACGGCGAUGGGCGACCAUGGACAAUGUUUAGCAUGCAAAUUUAUGCGUAGACCAUGUUCAGAAGGGUGUCCUUAUAUUCAACUGUUCAGUACAUACUUCGAUGUACCAAGCUUCCAAAUAGGAUAUGCAGCUUCCACUGCUGACAGACAGAAAAUAGAAGCCCGUAUAACGGAUAGCACGCUUACAUUUGAAGCAAAUGCUGGAGUGAAUGAACCUGUUUUUGGGGCAACAGGAAUCCUUUUAGCUCUGCAUCAACGUAUGAGAGAAGAAGUUACCCGCUUUGAAACCAUUACAGGCAAAGGUGUGAACGUUAUUCCAGCAGACACUAUGAAUCAUUUUGUUCUAAAAGAUUCAGAGAAAAUUGAACAGAAACAUCGAGCUUGUCCAGCAUGCACCUAUCUACCGCAAAUGUGCAAGGUGGAUUGUCCAUUCGUUCCGUUCUUUGAAGCACGCAAAUCUAGAGAUUUCAUCAGAGAGUUUUGUACAGUACUUUGUGGCUCAACAGUUGUGUUGCCUGAUCACUCUAAUCUUCAGUCAGCUGAUGAAUUGAACAAAGCGGGUAUAACGGCUAAAGCAUUGGAAUUUGAAAGUAAAGCUAGGGUUCACGAUCCAGUUUAUGGGAUAGCAGGAAUAAUUUUAUCAUUGUACAAGAACUGGUGGAACCUUAAUCACCAUGUUCGUUUGCUUGAGCAACGACAUCGGAGUGUGCAAAAUUUUCCUACUGUUCAAAUUGGUUCUUGCAACAUUCCUACAGAUAAAGGCAAAGGGAAUGUGACCCCAGAAUCCACAAAUGAACGUUGUACUAUUGCAGAAUGGAUGGAUAUGGAAGAUGAUGAUGAGUCUCUUUACAGCAGAGAAGAAGUGUCGAAGAAUUAUAUGGAGUUCCAACAGGAAGUUGCAUUAAUCCAGCCUCUACCACAAGAACGGACUUAUUCUUUGUGCCUUCCACAAGGAGAAUCCUCAAAAAGUUCUCCUUUAAGUUCAGUACCUCACCAAAUGAACCAGCCAUUAGCUGAUCAGCAACUAUAUAGAGUCCCGCAACAAACACAGCAACUACUGAGUCAGCAAGCCGCUUCAUCAUCAUUAAGAGAGGCACCUUCGUCUCAACAAGGAAUGAGCAGUACCACAGGAGAAGCAAUAAAUAGAGCCUGGCAAAAUCUAACACGGCAAGAACGAGAAGAACUAUUGCGUCAGACAUGGAAUCGACUUCCAGGUACGUCACAUGUUCAAAACCUUCUACAACGAUUUCCAGAUAGGCCAAGUGUUCAAGACAUUCUACAACGAACAUCAGAGCGUGUUCCACACAGUGUAACACCACAGCUACAACAACAAUUGGCAUCCCCUUCUUAUGGUCAGCAAGCCGCUUCAUCAUCAUUAAGAGCGGCAACUUCGUCUCAACAAGGAACGAGCAGUAGCACAGGAACACCACCAACAAGUACUACAGACACUAUAUAAGCCUAUAAGGAACUGGUGAUAUCAUUGAAGACUUUGAAAGUCUGUUGCAGCCCUAAAGUAAAUAACUGUUGAAGAAACGGAAAGAUCCGGCUAUGGGUGUUUCACCGAAAGAUGAACUUAGCUAGCCAAUUGACGCUUACCCACUGUCAAUCGUACUUUCAGCGGUAGUUUAGUAUGUAUGCUUGUUGUAGUGGCAGUAGUAACUUUGACGUUCUAGUUUACAUUCCUGCCUAUAUCAGUACCAUUCCCAGCUUUGAUUUCAUGUCUUCAAUACUUGUUGUCAUUUGGUUUUUUACGUUUUGCUGAUGAAUCAUAUACUACAAUGUUAUCCUUGAUUUUUGAAGAACCAUAUGAGUUCCUUUCUCA